UUCCUUCAGUGGUUUUCGAUUCCAUCCUACGUUUUGCGCAAAAUACCCAUAUCCUACGUUCCAGUCAAUCUUUAAUAACACCACCACCACACCAUUACUACUAUAUCAACAACAACCAAACACCACAGCAAACAUGCGUUUCCAAGCUACCGUUCUCGCCGUUGCGGCCACCUUCGCUUUCGCCAGCGCCCAGGAUCUCUCUCAGGUUCCUCAAUGCGCUAUUCCUUGCUUCGUCUCUGCUCUCCCCGCCUCCAAGUGUGGUACCACCGACAUUAAGUGCCAGUGCACCACCGGCCGUGAGCCCCUGCAGGAGGCCCUCAUGGCUUGCGUUCCCACCAAGUGCAGUCAAGAGGAUGCUCUUAAGAUCAUCCCUGCCGUCUCUGGCCUCUGCGCCUCCGCUGGUAUCACUCUCUCUGACAUCCCCACUGCUGCCCCUGCCGCCACCGGCACUCCUGCUGCCUCUCCUUCUGGCAACCAGCAGUCUGGCGUUCCUGCCUCCGCUACUCCCUCUGGCUCCAAGCCCACUGUCUCUAGCACCUCCUCGGGCUCCCCUGCCCAGUCUACCGGCGCUGCUUCGGGCAACUCGGCUGCCGUCGGUGCCAUUGCCCUCGGUCUCGCCGCUGCUGCCUUCGGCUUGUAAACACCUUUCUUUGGCGCGCCCCCCCCUUACGCUCCGUGUUGGUGUUGUAACCCUUUUGUGUAUGUUUUAAUCUUGCCAAAGGGAAAUUUUUGUCAUGGUUCGACGGUAUUUGGACGCAAAUCGAUGGAUAUACCUUUCCCUUCUUUGCGCUUUCAUGUAGCAUCAGGAGAUUCGGGGAGGAAUACGUCUUUGUUCAUCUUGAAGAUACGAAAGCAAAUUUAUUUCAGAUAGAAAUUCUGACACCCACUUAAUUUUUUUGAUUU